AAAAGACGCAGCUCGGGACAAGAUGGCGGCCGCCGGUCCGGCCUCAGGCCCUGGGCGGCUCCCGGCUCGUCCCCGGCCCGGCCCCGCUCGUUUUCGGGGCUGUUUGGCCGGGGCGUUGUUGGGGGAUUGCCUGGGAGCUGUUUUCGAAGGCAGAAGCGUCGUGAAACUGCCGGAGCUGCUGAGUUUCCUCAGAGGGCUGGAACCGGCGCCGCCUGAGGAGGAAGGGGGAGAGGCGGCGGGGAGCGCGCGAGGAGAGUCGCUGCCCUACACGGACGACACAGCCAUGAGCAGGUCGGUGGUGCAGUCCCUGCUGGCCAGGGGGGAGUUCGACGAGGUUGACAUGGCCAAGAGGUUUGCUGAGGAGUACAAGAAGGAGCCCAACAGGGGUUAUGGGAUGGCCGUGGUCAACGUCUUCAAGAAACUGCUGAGUCCCAAGUGCAGCGACGUGUUCGAGCCCGCGAGGGCCCAGUUCAACGGGAAGGGCUCCUACGGGAACGGCGGGGCCAUGAGGGUGGCCGGCAUCCCCCUCGUCUACGCCGACACCCAGGAUGUCAAGAAGUUCGCGAAGCUGAGCGCGGAGCUGACCCACGCCAACUCCCUGGGCUACAACGGGGCCAUCCUGCAGGCCCUGGCCGUGCACCUGGCACUGCAGGGAGGGCUCAGCAGGGAAACCUUCCUGGAGCAGCUCAUCAGCCACAUGGAGCACGUGGAGGCGGAUGACAAGUCUCUCAGCGACGCCCGGGCGCUGGGAUUUGAGGAUUUACCGUUUUCCAGGCGUCUAAAGAAAAUCAAGGAGUUUUUGGAGUUCAGCAGCAUUCCCAAAGAAGAUGUGUUGUUUGAGUUAGGCAAUGGCAUCGCUGCUCUGCGCUCCGUCCCCACUGCCAUUUACUCCUUCCUGCGCUGCAUGGACGCUGAUCCCGACAUUCCCGAGCACUACAAUGCCCUGCAGAGAACCAUCAUCUACUGCAUCUCCCUGGGGGGGGACACGGACACCAUCGCCACCAUGGCGGGGGCCAUCGCCGGCGCCUACUACGGCGAGGAGCAGGUGCCCCCGAGCUGGGAGCAGAGCUGUGAGGCUUUCCAGGAGACCCAGAGGAUGGCCAAGAGCUUGUAUGAACUCUACUGCCAGCGGCUCUGAGCUCCAGGGGAGCUCCAGGGGUUUCCUGAAGGCGAAGAGAUGGUCACCUCUGGUUUUGUGGUCAGAUCCAGCGGUGGAUCCGUGCCGUCGGUGACACCAGCAAGCCUCACCUGGGAAAGGUGCCUGCUGCUGUCAGCUGGGAGCAUGAGCUGCCUUGGAAGGGAGGGGACAUCCCCUGCAGUCAUGGAUCAGCUGGGAAGUGGCUGCACGUGGCACCUUGGACAGUGGGUGCAGCUCUUCUGAGUGUACAGGAGUGUCUUGUUUUCCAUGGGAUUUCUGCUGCUUACUUUGUCCACCGUUGUGCCAUUUGUCAUUGCAGUUACUGGGGGGUGUCUGAAUCUGUGGACUUUUUCCCUGUUUUCCUCUGCUCCUGUGUCCGUGGCCUGUGUUGUGGUGGUCAGUGGCCCAUCCAGUGGCUUUGGGAGGCUCCACACCCCUCGCACAGCAGCAGGUCACUCUCAGCUGGUCAGCUAAGGGAUGUCACAGGAGUCACCAGAGGCCUGGGUUGUCCCCUGUGCUGAGUGAGGAUGCCAGAGCACAGACCUCCCAGGGAGAUUUGUUCCCCCAAAGGCAGAAUGAGAAGUGCCAGAGAAAGAAGGGAUUUCUUUGCAUCACUGGUGGCGCUGUGAGAGACCUUUGUUGCCUGCAGACAAUCCCUGCUGGGAGAGGGUGUCCCUGAUUGCUGCUGCUCCUGUGUCCUUUGCCCUGUGAUCCAGCAGGCACCAUCACCUGCUGCAUUUCGUGUUCCCUUGCACAGCUGCUGUCACACUGCUGCAGCUGCUCUGGCUGCUCCUGUGCUCCUCACUCGUGCAUCCCACAUUUUUAACGUCCUGUGUAUCAUGUGUCCCCAGAGCACCAAGUGAGAUUCCUGUUUAAAUCACGGUAUCACAGUACUCUGAGUUGGAAGGGACACACGAGGAUCACAGGAGUCCAGCUCCCAGGGAGACCAAAUAUGGGGUGGAGAUAGCUGUGAAACCUGGUGUCACAGGGGUGGAAUUCCCAGUUCUCUCGGUGGUAAAAGUGACUUGAGCAGGAUGCAGGAGUUACUUCUCACAGUUCUAGUCCUCUGUAUUGGAUAAGAAUUACCCAAAAUUAGAGGGGAAUGUGGGUUAAUUGGGGGAGAAUUUAUCAAUGUUUAGAAGCAGCUGGUGCUGGUGGCCAGGAACACUCUAGCACAGCUGUAUUCCAGAAUUUCACAUUCAAAACCUUUUCCUGCUGGAGCUGGUGAGAAAGGGAGAAACAGCUUGGGAAUGGCACGUCUAGAAAAGGGUUGGAAGCUUUUUUUAAUAAUUGAAAACAAAAAGUCAUCAUAUGGAAGCGUUUAUAAAUUUGAAUGUGACUCUGUUAUUUCUCCAGUAUUUCUUGUGACACCGGGAAGUGCCCGUUGUGCUCCCCGGUGGUGUUGGCACGUGGGGGCUGUGUCAGGCUGCAUGCAAUGUGGGAAUCUGGCUGCCACAGGUCCUUCCAGUUUUCCUUGUAGUCUGCUUCCUUCAAGUGCCAGUCUUUUGUGUGAUACUUUAAUGGGUUUUCCUUGUAUAAGUGGAUUCUUGUCCUGGGAACAUGUGGAAUUUUGGCCUGUUGUAUAUUUCUGUAUUGUGCUGCAGAUCUGAGCUGUAAAAUGUCAGGUUUUCCACAUUAUUCUGCCAGAGGGGCGACCAGAUUCAUGGAAUUAUUUAAAAGAAGAUAUUUUUCUUUUAAAGCAGCUUUAUAAUUUUAAAUGUUUGGAACUCACGGAGAGCAAAGAGCUCCUGUUUAAAGACUAGAGCUUGUUUUAGGCCAAAAUUUAAACAUGUACUAAAACCUUUAGCUCUGACUUCCUCGGAAAGGAAUAAAAUCCCUCAGUUAUCUUUGUUAAUUA